AAUAUGGUUAUGGAUUUGGCUAUGACUCCCAGACAUCCUCCUCAUAUAGACAAGAUGAAGGUUGGUCAGGGACUGGCGCAUUCGUUUCCUAUUAGAUUUGAUUUUACAUGAUACUCCCUUGCCUAAUCCUACACACUACUGUACUAUUGUUGGGAGCUUGUUUCUCCUACUAUUGUUCAUUGGGCUAUUGUUCUCUGAAUUCUUCACUAUCUUCGAGGUACCCUACAUCAGAGUUUAUUUCUCUUAUUCUACUUAACUCAGAGCUUACUCAGAUGUCGAUUGGGCUAGCGACUCUAUGGAUCACAAGUCCACCACUUAUUUCUGUCUUUUUCUUGGUGAUUCUCUCAUUUCUUGAAAGAGUAAGAAGCAAACUGUUCUUGGUCGUUCCUCAUCUGAAUCGAAAUACCACGCUAUGGCAUCUACUACAUCUGAAAUAGUCUUGUUACGGUAGCUACUUUGUGAUCUUGGUAUCUCUUUACCAGCCCUUACUCCUAUAUAUUGUGAUAUCACCAGUGCUAUUCUGAUUGUUCACAACUCGGUCUUCCAUGAGUGUACAAAACAUAUUUAGAUUGACUACCACUUUGUGUGCCAUUAUUUUAAGCUGGACACUAUAUCUCUCCCCUUUCUUUCUUCUACCAUGCAGCUAGCAGAUUUCUUUACAAAAUCCCACACCAUCGUACAUUUUCAUUUUUUUCUUGGCAAACUCUUGAUAUUCUCGGCUAAAACAUCAUUAGUUUGAGGGGGGAUAUUGAAGUAUUAUAAUAUAUUAGUAUUUGGAGUAGUUUAGUCAUUUACCUUGUUUUAUGUUGCCCUAGUGUAUAAGAGUUUCUACUAUGUGUCUUAAGGAGUAUGGAUUUCUUGUCCACCAUAUUUGUACUUUUUCUUUAUUUAGUUAAAGUUAUGCUUCUUAUCAAAAAGAUUUAAUUGGUUAAUGAGACAUUGAAAAUAUUAAAAGUUGUUUGAUAACUGUUCCUGAAUAUUUGAAUGAAUAUCUGGAAAGAUAGGCUUCUUCUUUCCAGACAUUAUCAAACAGUGGAGUGCUUGGUGACAUCAAAUGAUUCCAGCAGUGCAGAUUGGUUCCAUGACAGCGUAUUUAGGCUGGCUUGCUGUUUUACAGCAACUGGAGCUUUUUUUCUCCAUCAAAGUUUGACUAGGAAGUAUCAUUUUAUACGUAUGCUUCCAGGUGGAGUCAAGUUCACAAUGAUUCCAUUCUGAGUUCACUAAGACAAAAAUCCUUUGUUAAAGGAUCAUGUGUCUAAGGGUUGGUUCCUGCAUGGGUUGAUUUCAGAAAUAGUUGUGACAUGUGUCUAAUGUGCUUUGAGCCCUCCAUUUUUUGCAUAGGCUUUACUCUCAGGUUUUUGCCAAGCACUCCGCUUUUUGCAUAGGCUUUACCCUGAGGUUUUUGCCAAAGUCACUGCAAUAUUCCGGAUUAUUUUUGAUUGCUCACUGCCUCAUCGGUUGGGGUUUAGCUUUCACCCUAUGCUUUUCCAAUUUACAUGCAAUUCAUGCAAUUUGACUCAGGUUGCUACUUGGUUGGAACUGAAAGAUAGGUUGAUGCCGAAUGGUCGCCUCAUGGUGAAUUGCGGUUCUGCCAAUGAUGGAACAUCCAAUUCUAUUGGAGCAACUCAUGCUGCAAUUUCAUCAUCUGAUGACACUUGGGAACAAAAUUCUACCAUCAAGGCAUUAUGCAAAGCAUUCCCUGGACAAAAUGGAAUCAACAACACAGAUGAUCUGGAAACCAGCAACACCAGUGGAGAUCAAGGGAAGGCGAUAAGUUUAUGUGCUUAUGUUCUGAUAGUGCGUUUAGUGCUUAUUGAUCUGGACAAAGCUCACAAGUUAACAUCCACACAGUUAAGCUGGAAGAAAUUACCAAAACGAGCUGGUGAAAAUUAUCUCACACUGACAGGAUCUUUACCAGAUUUGACAAUGUGGGCCGCCGCUCUCCCUGAUCAAUUUAGCUCAAGUGUCAGGCAGUGGAGGACUUGUUGGCUUUCGUGAUUUGUUUGAGGAAGGCUUUUUUUAAAAGUGUCUCUGGAAUGACUUGGGCAGAGUUUUAGAUUUCUAGCUAUUAAAGGUAGAAGGAUGAAUUAUAGUUUGCACUAUUUUGUAAGGCCUAAAUCAUAAUGCUCAAGCUGCCAGUUUAGAUUGUGCUCUCUUCGUUUCACAUGGAGUCAUCUCUUUUUUCUUUGAUGCCUAGGAUGAUUGACAUCUGAGAUUAAUGUUCUCUACUAGCUGUAUCUGUAACUAUGGUGUUAAUCUCUCUCUCUCUCUCUCUCUCUCUCUCGUGAUUGGCAGUUAAUGGGCUUGACAUUGCGAGGACAUUGACUUCACAGAGCGCAGGUUUGAUUGGGGAGCUUAUGUUGACCUGAGCUUGCUGAAUGUGUUCUGACGCUCAGGCUCAUUUUUAGGUUUGGGGAGACGCUCUGUCAUGUGCACGCCGAAAAAAUAUUGUUAAGUGGUCCACUCAUGUUAUCAGUUCUCCAAAUUUCUGCUCUCAUUACCAUAAGAUUUUAGGCAUUAAAGGCUUCAAACACAAAUUUUGGUAUGUACUCGUUGCUUUAAUCAAGUAUAUAU